AUGCGGAUAAAGUUCGCGUGGAGCCAUUUUGUGUCGAUUUUAAUCGUCUUUUUUGCAAUGUACUCUGGACGAUCACAAGCAUUGCAUUGCUAUUUGGCCUUCAGUUCAAAUCCAACCUACUUCUUUGAUAUUUUCUCUCUCUUGUUUUUCUUUUCUCUCUCUCUUGUUUUUCUUUUCUCUCUCUCUUGUUUUUCUUUUCUCUCUCUCUUGUUUUUCUUUUCUCUCUCUCUUGUUUUUCUUUUCUCUCUCUUUGUUUUUUUUUCUUCUCUUUUUUUCUCUUUAGUCUCUUUUUUUUUCUUUUCUCUCUCUCUUGUUUUUCUUUUCUCUCUCUCUUUUUUUUUUUUUCUCUCUCUCUUGUUUUUCUUUUCUCUCUCUCUCUUGUUUUUCUUUUCUCUCUCUCUCUUGUUUUUCUUUUCUCUCUCUCUUGUUUUUCUUUUCUCUCUCUCUUGUUUUUCUUUUCUCUCUCUUUUCCCCCUUUUCCUCCUCUCCUUGACACUCAACCCUGAAGAUAGGUCUGAUAUUGGGUUCUCUCUCUCUCUCUCCCACCAUUUCUUUUCAUUUCCACUGUCUCACUUCUUUUCCAUCCUCUCACUUUUCUCUCUCUUUUUUCUUUUCUCUUUUCUUUUCUCUCUCUCUUUUCGCUCUCUUUUCUCUCUCUCUCUUUUCGCUCUCUUUUCUCUCUCUCUCUUUUCGCUCUCUUUUCUCUCUCUCUCUUUUCGCUCUCUUUUCUCUCUCUCUCUUUUCGCUCUCUUUUCUCUCUCUCUCUUUUCGCUCUCUUUUCUCUCUCUCUCUUCUCUCUUUUCACUCUCUUUUUUUCUCUUUUCACUCUCUUUUUUUCUCUUUUCUCUCUUUCCUCUCUUUUCUCUCUCUUUCCUCUCUUUUCUCUCUCUUUUUUCUCUCUUUUUUUUUCUCUCUUUCUUCUCUCUUUUUUCUCUCUUUUUUCUCUCUCUUUUUUCUCUCUCUUUUUUUCUCUCUCUUUUUUCUCUCUUUUUUUUCUCUCUCUUUUUCUCUCUUUUUUUUCUCUCUCUUUUUUCUCUCUCUUUUUUUCUCUCUUUUUUUUCUCUCUUUUUUCUCUUUUUUUCUCUCUCUUUUUUUCUCUCUUUUUUUUCUCUCUUUUUUUCUCUCUUUUUUCUCUCUCUUUUUUCUCUCUCUUUUUUUUCUCUCUUUUUUCUCUCUUUUUUUUCUCUCUUUUUUUUCUCUCUCUUUUUUCUCUCUCUUUUUUCUCUCUCUUUUUUUUCUCUCUUUUUUCUCUCUCUUUUUCUCUCUCUUUUUUCUCUCUCUUUUUUCUCUCUCUUUUUUUCUCUCUCUUUUUUUUCUCUCUCUUUUUUCUCUCUCUUUUUUUCUCUCUCUUUUUUUCUCUCUCUUUUUUCUCUCUUUUUUUCUCUCUCUUUUUUCUCUCUUUUUUUCUCUCUCUUUUUUCUCUCUCUUUUUUCUCUCUUUUUUUUCUCUCUCUUUUCUUUUCUCUCUCUUUUUCUUUUCUCUCUCUUUUCUUUUCUCUCUCUUUUUUUUCUCUCUCUUUUUUCUUUUCUCUCUCUUUUCUUUUUCUCUCUCUUUUUUCUUUUCUCUCUCUUUUUCUUUUCUCUCUCUUUUCUUUUCUCUCUCUUUUCUUUCUCUCUCUUUUUUUUUCUCUCUCUUUUCUUUUCUCUCUUUUUUUUUCUCUCUCUUUCUUUCUCUCUCUCUUUUCUUUUCUCUCUCUUUUCUUUUCCCUCUCUUUUCUUUUUUCUCUCUUUUCUUUUCUCUCUCUUUUCUUUUUCCUCUCUUUUCUUUUCUCUCUCUUUUCUUUUCCCUCUCUUUUCUUUUUUCUCUCUUUUCCUUUUCUCUCUUUUCUUUUCCCUCUUUUUUUUUUCUCUUUCUUUUUCCUCUCUUUUCUUUUUUCUCUCUUUUCUUUUCUCUCUCUUUUUCUUUUCUCUCUCUUUUUUUUUUCUCUCUCUUUUUUUUCUCUCUCUUUUUUUUCUCUCUCUUUUUUUUUUCUCUCUCUUUUUUUUUCUCUCUCUUUUCUUUCUCUUUUUUUUUUUUUCUCUCUCUUUUCUUUUCUCUCUUUUUCUUUUCUCUCUCUUUUUUCUUUUCUCUCUCUUUUUCUUUUCUCUCUCUUUUCUUUUCUCUCUCUUUUCUUUUCUCUUUUUCUUUUCUCUUUUUUCUUUUCUCUCUCUUUUUUUUUCUCUCUCUUUUCUUUUUCUCUCUCUUUUUUUUCUCUCUUUUUUCUUUCUCUCUUUUCUCUCUUUUUUCUCUUUCUCUUUUCUCUCUCUUUUCUCUCUUUUCUCUCUCUUUUUCUCUUUCUCUCUCUUUUUUUCUCUCUUUUUCUCUCUUUUUCUUUUUUUCUCUCUUUUUCUUUUCUCUCUCUUUUUCUUUUCUCUCUCUUUUUCUUUUCUCUCUCUUUUUCUUUUCUCUCUUUUCUCUCUUUUUUCUCUCUUUUCUCUCUUUUCUCUCUCUUUUCUCUCUUUUCUCUCUCUUUUUUUCUCUCUUUUUCUCUCUCUUUUUUUUCUCUCUUUUCUCUCUCUUUUUUUUCUCUCUUUUCUCUCUCUUUUUUUUCUCUUUUCUCUCUCUUUUUUUCUCUUUUCUCUCUCUUUUUUUCUCUCUUUUUCUCUCUCUUUUUUUUUCUCUUUUUCUCUCUCUUUUUUUUUCUCUCUUUUCUCUCUCUCUUUUUUCUCUCUCUUUUCUCUCUCUCUUUUUUUCUCUCUUUUCUCUCUUUUCUCUCUAAGCACAGUGGGCACUCAUCGAUUUUGCAGUUCUCGAGACAUGGGCCACCAGUGUCAAGAUAUCUGGUAUCCUGAUCAUGACCGCAUGUACCGUUCCUGUAUCUUCACUUGUUCUGGAGAUGGAUGCAAUGCUGCUGACUCCCUGAUAGCCUCUUGGAACCACCGCCUCCCUUCUCUUCUUGCACUUCUCAUUGGAUAUUUCUUUUUCUUGUAG